AUUUCGAUUUCGAUCUAUGAUCACCAACUGUUAACAUUUUUUCAUUAAAAAUGUGAUUUUCUUGGAAUCAAUUUAUUUAUAUAAAAAAAAAAGAUAUAAUUGGAUUGUUUGGUUGGUGGGUUUUAUUUAUUACUUGGAAUUGGAUCCACUGGAUUCCUUACACUUUUUUCAAUCUUUGAUCUUUCAAUUCAUUUAAGAAUAAUUAUAGCUUUUUGCAACUUGGAUCUCCUGCUUCCACUUUCAGCUACCUUUUAUCAGGAGAGACAAACAGCGCAAAGCUGGUUUUUUCAAAGGGAUCUGCAACGGGUUCCUCAGUUGAAAAUCGUGUGGUUGUGUCACCUGCUGGUCUGGAGUGCAUAUUAAGCAUUAUCAGGGCCCUGAGGAUGGGGUCCUGCUUCUCUGCAGAAAGCAGGAGCCCUCUUCCAAGUUCUCCUACGACGAGUCUCGGGGUUAAGAAAAGAAAGAACUCCAAAAAAAGGCCACCUGGAUUGCGCAGUUCUUCAUUUGAUUACCGAAAGGAAGAACAACUUCACAGAAUUGCGGGUCGACUGUUCUUGAAUGGGUCUAGUAAAGUUGCUUCACUCUACACUCAGCAAGGCAAGAAAGGAACUAAUCAAGAUGCGAUGAUUGUUUGGGAGAAUUUUGGCUCCAGAACAGACACAGUGUUCUGUGGUGUUUUUGAUGGUCAUGGCCCAUUAGGUCACAUGGUUGCUAAGCGGGUGAGAGAUUCACUUCCGUUGAAGCUAAGUGCACACUGGGAAGUUAACUUAAAAGGUAGCAGUGAUGUUCUCCGCGAGAUCAUGGGUGGUAUAAAUUCUGAAGGAACAUCCAUCAAUGUAUCCAAUGAGGAUUCCCAGGUGCCUGCUAAUUUUGCAGAAACUGAUAAGAACCCUGAAAUCUUUCAAACCUUGAAGGAAUCCUUUUUGAAGGCUUUUAAAGUCAUGGAUAGGGAAUUGAGCAUGUAUUCAAAUGCUGAUUGCUUUUGCAGCGGGACGACUGCAGUAACUUUGAUCAAGCAGGGUCAGCAUCUUAUAAUCGGAAAUAUUGGGGACUCAAGAGCUGUAUUGUGUACAAGGGAUAAUGAUAACUCUCUCGUUCCCGUUCAAUUGACAGUGGACCUAAAACCAAACCUUCCAGCGGAAGCUGCACGGAUCCGUAAAUGUAAAGGGCGUGUGUUUGCCUUACGGGAUGAACCAGACGUUGCUAGAGUUUGGCUACCAAACAAUGACGCUCCUGGGUUAGCCAUGGCUCGUGCUUUUGGUGAUUUUUGUCUCAAGGAUUUUGGGCUCAUUUCAGUCCCUGAAGUUACAUAUAGGUGCCUAACAGAAAAGGAUGAGUUUGUUGUCCUGGCAACUGAUGGGAUCUGGGAUGUGCUUUCAAACGAAGAAGUGAUUGAAAUUGUAGCCUCUGUCGAAUCACAUUCUCUUGCUGCUCGAGCUGUGGUGGAGUCAGCAGUGAACGCUUGGAAGCACAAAUACCCGACUUCUAAAGUAGAUGACUGUGCAGUUGUGUGCCUGUUUCUUGGCUUGGAUGAGUCUAUGACUUCCGUCGCCAAAUUGAACCAAGUAAAGAAUGUGGAGGAAGAUGAGUCAUCAUCCAACAUGAAUAUGGAAGCAGGAAAAGACUGGUCUGCCCUUGAAGGGGUUUCACGACUGAACACAUUAUUGACGCUCCCGAGGUUUGCCACUAGUGAGGAUGACGAAAACUGUAAACCUGGGGGGAAAGAAGUUUAGUGAUGGUUGAAAAGUUCGGUUAUAAUAUCGUUCUGUUUUUCUGUUCAUGUUUUUGGGUUUAUUUGAGCUUGAGAACCUGAAAGUAUCAAGAUUGUAAAGAAGGUUUCAAGCACUUAAAAAAGCCAAACAGCUCAUAGCGUAUCGUGAAGAAUCCGGCUGUUUUAGAGCGUCGGGUAUAUUGUUACCUUUUUUUUCCGUUUUUGGAGGGUGGAAAGGGAAUUUUGUGAAACCAAAUCGUCUUUUUGUUUUGUUCAGGAUUGUGUGAAUGUCAAUUAAAUGGUAUGUUGAUCAUAGUUUAUAGUGAUAAUUAUGUUUGAGUA